AUGAUUGAACUCGGUCUAGGUCGUGUUUCACGGCUUUUGCAGCAGAGCCCGCUGACAUGGAAAGCUAUUCAUGUUGCGGGGACGAAUGGCAAAGGCUCGAUCAGUGCAUAUCUCUCCCACCUACUCUCCUCUGAUGGAGUUCGAUGCGGUCGCUUUACUUCACCGCACCUGAUCGACCGUUGGGAUUGCAUUACUAUUGGCGAACGAGUCGUCCAAGAAUCGCUAUUCCGCCAGAUCGAGGAUCAGGUCAAACUCCGGGAUCAGACCUUAGGGAUAGGUGCCUCUGAGUUUGAACUGUUGACCGCAACGGCUUUCGAAAUCUUUAACCAUGAGCAAGUUGAGGUUGGCGUGGUUGAGGUGGGCAUGGGAGGCCGUCUCGAUGCCACCAAUAUAUUGGACAACGUCCUGAUCUCAGUUAUUGCCAAGAUCGGUAUGGACCACCAGGCCUUCCUAGGCUCGACGAUCGAAGAGAUCGCCGCAGAAAAAGCAGGAAUAUUGAAGUCGGGUGUACCUUGUGUUGUGGACAACACCAACGAAACCGCAGUGAUCGAGACAAUCACCAAACGAGCCAACGAUCUAGGCAUCCAUGCAACUUUCGUUUCCCCAGAUAGAGCGGAUGAACAAUUCCCAGCUCUCGCACAGUUGUUCCGGAAAAUGGACCUCGAGCCCCACCAACAAGAGAAUAUGUGCUGCGCAAUGUCAGCUCUGCGCCUCACCUUGUCAAAGAUUCGCCCUGAAACGAAUGCUUCGUCUCUGCUUCCUCGUCUGUCAGACAUAAAAUGGCCUGGACGGCUAGAAGCCAUAUCCCUUCGACCUUUGGUAAACCGCGAAGAAAACAUACUUCUAGAUGGUGCGCAUAAUCCACUAUCAGCGGAGGUUCUGGGAAAAUACGUUGAUCGCAAACUUCGUCCCCAAUCCGGGAAUGUCACCUGGGUGGUCGCUGCGUCCAGUGGAAAAGAUUUGGCUGGUGUCUUUCGCUCUAUCAUCCGCCCUGGAGAUACCGUCGCCACGGCAGAGUUUGGUCCCGUGGAGGGAAUGCCAUGGGUGACACCGACUAAUGCCUCCGAGCUUGCUCACUCCAUCCAAUCUUUGCCAGAGAUCGGCCAGGUACAAGGCUUCGAAGGAGAUUUGCUUCCUGCAAUCAAAUGGGCCAGCGACAUCGCCCAGGGCCGGCCUCUUGUUAUUGCUGGCAGUCUAUACCUUGUCUCCGAUGUGCACCGUCUGCUUCGCGAUGCGCAGAAAUGA